AGUCUAGGAUAGCGGAAGGCGAUGGGGAUGAGCAGUCGGUGGGGGAGAGGAUGAGUAAUGUGCCUGUUUUGAUGAUGUAGGAACGAUUGGAUGGGUUGGGGAAACAGAGAUGCUGGGAGUUUAUGGUGUGGAAGGGCGUUGGAGGAUGAGAUUUCUGCUGUAAUGAUAGCAUGUGCUUGUAUUAGCUAUUUAAUGAUUAUCAAGGGUAUGAUGUGCACUGGGUUCAAGCGUUGGAGACACUAUAAAGCAGAUGCAUUGACAUAAUCUUACUGAUAUCAAGCGUUUGACGAGGAAAAAGGUAUAUCGUUAUA